UAAAAGUAAACGUUUAAAGACACAUAGUUUUAGGGGAAGUAAAUAAAGGCGUACUUUUGUCUGGAAGACAUUGAUUUUUAUGUGUGGAGAAGACAAAAUCGAGGAAACGUGUGUCAGGAAAGAUGUCAGCUUGUGUCAGACCUUUGACGUCUUUUCUCAUCCAAGACAUUUUGGCAAACAGGGAAGACGAUACGUUUUUCCCCAAAACCUGCAGCAACCGGCUGGAAGAAUUGAAAACUAUUAGAGAAGAGCGCUCUGCCGCUCUAGGCGCAAAGUUACCUUUUGGGGCGUUUGAGCGGAGUGGAGAAAACGAGAAGAAAGAAGUGUCAGAAAUUGUCCAGGAUUUUAGCAAGGUUAUAAAAACCGACUCGGAAGAAAUGACCGUAACAGCAGCAGGCGCGUCGCCGCCUCUCGAAGGGAAAGAAUGGAACAGAUCGUCCUUUCCCAGUACACCAGACCAAGGGAGCCAAGGCGUGUCCGCCAAACAGAAGCGCUCCAGGGCCGCCUUCACUCACCUGCAGGUGCUGGAGCUCGAGAACAAGUUCAGCCACCAGAAGUACCUGUCGGCCCCGGAACGAGCCCACUUAGCACACAGCCUCAAACUAACCGAGACCCAGGUCAAGAUCUGGUUCCAGAACAGAAGGUACAAAACCAAGCGGAAGCUGCUGACCGCUGAGUGCGGUAUGGACCCCCUCCAAAAGCAAUCACCGUUCCUGCCCACAGAGGAUCAGAUCAGAGCGUCCCUGCUAAAAUCAAUGUACAAAGCCUACCAUUAUCACCCAUACCUCUACGGAAUGAGCGUCUGGAGCCCUGCCGCGUGGUGAAAUCGCUGUCCAGUUGAACUUGUGUUUCAUUAACGAAUACAAGUAGUAAUCUAUACCAGCCUAAACAUACUCUGUGUUGCUCUUUACCUGUUUUGUCAAUUAUAUUGUCGGUUUACCUGAUCUAAAUGCAUGCAUUCCUCUAUAGAAUAAGGUUUUAGUUUUUUUUUGUUUGUUUUGUUUUUUGUUUUUUUUUUUUUCAAAAGACUGUAUUAAUUGUAUUUGAUGUGAGCUCGCAACCGAUUGUUUGCACUUACAUUAAGGUUUGGAUAAUAAGUUCUUGAAGUUUUUUUUGCAUUUUAAGGAAGCAGUCGUUUUAACAACAUCAUUUCUAAUAUGAAAUGCUAUUUAUGUUCUGCACAACCGUACACGUAACUGCUACACAAUGAGUUAAAUGUAUUUAUUUAAGCAAUAAUUGACCAAAGGCUGUUAUACAGAUUUGGAGGAAGACAGCUUUUCUAUAUUAGAAAUAUUUAUCAAGCUGAAGGUUUGUUUUAAAAACCAAUAUUUAAUAUUUUAUUUUUAAUUUUUAAGCUUUUCAACUUGCAAGCUGCGUUAUCUGCUGGGGAUUAGUUGUGCACACACACGUGUGUGUGUUUACACUAAAUCGGCCGCUAUUGAAUAUUACCGUACUAUUGGACCAAAUUAUUAUUUGUUUAUCCUGCUUGUAAUACUUGUAACAUGUUUGUUCAUGGCUAAAUCCGGGGUAUUUUCGUGUACAAAAUAUAGCGAAAGUCGUCUAUCACAUGUAGCGUCUACCCCUUCUAAGUUUUGUAAUUAGGAAUGGUACGUGUUUUGUACAAGCUCUUUGUAAUAUAUUGGGUUUUUUUUAAGUGUG